AUGACGUUCAAGUCGGUGUCGACAUCGGGCUCAGAGUCCAGUAAAGCAAGCUCGCUGUUCGACCUGGAUGAAAAUGGCAAAAAAUCUAUCCUCGUAUACAAGUAUCGCUCUGGUGCAAAAGGCCUAGAGUUUAAGACAGAGGGCGAGCUCUGCGCCGAGCUUGAUAAUGACCCCUCGUUACCAUUUCUACGUGUUACAAGAAAGGCUAUACCUCGCGGCAACAGUCGACUCGACAUCCUCAACGAAGAUCUACUAUCACCUGCGGAGCGCGAAAAGUACGCAGAGAAACCCACACUCAAGGCUUCCGUCGCCAACGUAGGCCUACCUACGCUGGCAAGGUGGAAGCACAUGAUCCUAGGCAGCUACGACGACCUAUACAUUGUCUCACGGUUACAUACUCCUUCGCCCGAAGCAAGCAAAAACAAUAGUCCAGAAGCCAGCCAGCAUGUUAGUCCCGCUGGCACGUUUCCUAAUGAGGCGCUGCAUGAUCGCGAUGCCUAG